GUCUACCAUCAUCUUUCUAGAUGGCGCUGAAACAUCCUAUAGUACAAGAAGUAUUUCAUUUGGCUUCCAUUUUCAAAAGUGUUCGAAAAUUUAACUCUUGAAUUAAUCAGAAAUAUAGUAUGAAUGUAAUAAGAACGGAAACAAGUUUAAAGCCAUUGAGAAAACGAUUGUGCCAAGAAUCAAAUGUUGGAUUAAUGAAACUUCAAUUUGAAUUUGAUAUGGAAAAAAAGUUGGAGAAAAAUUGGGAAUCGGCUAUCGCUUCGAGUUACUCGAGAAAUAGAAAAUUUGAAAAUGUAGUACGUAAAAAACGGAUUGUCCCUACAUCGUCAUCUUUGUUAGCCAGUACAUCGCGCAAUUGCAUUUCCAAAUCGGGAACGAGAACUACUACAGGUGUUAGAACUGCUACAGGUUCGAGUUUGUUUGAAUCUGUUACUGGUAACACUAUUCUCGCGUUAACAACCGGCCGAGGUGAUGCGAGAUUCGAAGUUGGCAUGGCAGCGUUGAAUGUUCGUUGUUCACAUUUGAUUCUUUGUCAAAUCAGCGAUUCACAGACUUAUAUCGAUACGUUAAGCAAGUUGUAUUUGUUCGAUCCAACAGAAGUUUUGAUGCCAGAUACGAUGUGCGAACGUAACAUGAAUAGAAACAUCCUGUAUAGUUUAAUAAUAGACAAAUUUUCCGAGAUAGAAGUAACAGCGAUAUCUCGUGUACACUUCAACGACACAGCCGGAUUUGAACGAAUAAAAUCUCUUUGUAAUCCCGUAUAUUCGUCGGUUGAACUAUUCAUUAAGCAAAAGUAUUAUGCAUUAGCUGCAGCUGCAUCGCUAUUAAAAUAUGUCGAAUAUGCUCAACGUGUUGUUUACACGCCAAAAUCUAUGAAAAUUGAAUUUCAAGGUUCACCAAACGCUACCAAUAUAGAUUUGGAAAGCGCGAGAAGCUUGGAAUUGGUACAGUCGCAAUGUGGUCAACGAAAUAUUAGUUUGUUAGGCACUUUGGAUCGAUGUUCAACGCCAAUGGGUAGAAAACUUUUACGCGCGAGCAUACUUCAACCUCCGUGCGAGGGACGCGUAAUUCUCGAGCGACAAGCCGCCGUUGCCGAGCUUGUAUCCAAUCGUUCGUUGCGUGCACUUAUUCAGGUUGAAACAUUGAUUUUAUCGAUUACAUAUUUUUUUCAGAAAGAAUAUUUUUCCAAACUUUUUAAUUCUAAAACACUAUUCCAGCCUAUCGUACGACGGCUUUAUGGCGCUGAUAGACUUUUACUUUUAUCGAUAACACCUGUUUUACAUGAAAAUAAUGUGCAAAACGCAGAGCAAAAUUUAAAUUACGUUUUGUUGUUGAAAAAUUUAUUGGAUGUUAUACCUGAACUAGGAAAGAUAUUAUCGAACGGUGAAAGCGAUAUCUUUUGCAAAAUUCAGAAGAAAUUGGAAAUCGACGAAUUCCGAUUAAUGCGAGAAAGGAUUCUUGAAACGGUACAUCCAGACGCAAGAUCUGUGACUGGAUACACAUCCUCGAACAUGCAACGUUGCUUCGCUAUCAGAGCAGGAAUUAACGAUCUGUUAGAUAUCGCUCGACAAACUUAUUGCGAGUUAAUCGACGAUAUGAAAAUUAUGGUGGAAAAUUUAUCAUCCAAGUAUAAACUUGCUCUGUCUUUAAGCUGCAAUGCUAAUCUUGGUUAUCAUAUUCAAAUGAUAUUACCUCGAAAUUCAAAUGCUGAAAUUUUUGAUCCACCAUCCGAAUUCAUAGAGGUACGAAAGAGUAAACGAGCAUACACCAUGACUACAAAUGCGCUUGCAACAUUGAGCCAACAAUGUAAGAUUGCAUGCGAGGAAUUGCAUUUAAUGAGUAAUGUACUCCUUUGCGAUUUGCUACAAAGCAUUAGAGAAUACAUUGGCUGUUUAUUUCAAUUGAAUGCGGAUAUCGCAGAACUGGAUCUAAUAACAUCCCUAGCUCAAAUCAGUUCUCUUCAGGCAUACGUGAGACCAUUGUUCGGAUCAAAAUUAGAAUUAAUUGAUUCAAGACAUCCAAUAAUGGAUGUUUUCGGUCUCGAUAGUCCCGUACCCAACAAUAUUUAUGCAUCGAUACCUAAAAAUCUAUGUGUAAUUUCUGGACCCAAUAUGAGUGGCAAGUCGACUUAUCUUAAACAAAUUGUUCUACUGCAUAUAAUGGCACAACUUGGUUGCUUUGUACCGGCUAAGCAAGCAAUGUUUCGUAUAACAAACCUCGUAUUCUGCAAGAUAGUUACUCGCGAUGAUAUUGAAUGCAAUGCAUCCACAUUUUCUCUAGAAAUGAAAGAAGCGCAAUAUAUUUUGCGAUCUAUCACACCAACUUCGCUGAUUAUUCUAGAUGAAUUAUGCAAAGGUACUGCCAUCGAAGAAGGUGCUUCAAUCGCGUGGGCUAUAUGCGAAAAACUUUUGAAUACAACUGCUUUUAUUUUUGCUGCGACUCAUUUUUCUAAUUUAACGAAAUUGGGAGAUUUAUACUUCAAUGUUACGAAUCAAUACUUUGAAACGAUAAAUGUUCAAGGAUCAAAAACGGAUAAUCACCGAUUAACUUAUACUCAUCGAUUGAAAUCUGGUGUAGCACCUACUGACGAUUAUGGUAUCGCUUUAGCUGAAUUGUCCGGUUUACCAAAGACAGUUACUGAGAAAGCACGAAAAUAUGCUUCUGAACAAAUAAUUAUUGAUCGAAUUCAAACAGCCAAAUCGGAUACAUGGGAAAAAACAUGUUAUGCCAUUUUGAUUAAUUUGUACGAACUUUUAGAAAAUGAUGAAUUUAAUUGGGAAGAAGUGACUUUGCUUAUUCAAAAUUUCGUAAAACUUUGGAAACAAAAAGGUGGCAAAGAUAGCGUACAAGAAGACGAAAAAAUGACAAAUGAAAAUAAAAUUGAUAUACGGGAAAACGAUAAGAGUAAACAUUCGGCAGAUAUUGUAUCUGAUACAACGAUACAUUCUAGAACAAAUUUCGAUGAAAUGGGACGAUAUGAAACUAGAAUAAAUAUCGUGUCGAAAGAGAUUCCUGCCUCAACUCAUAUUGCGUGUAGCAAUGCAUCGAUGAAAACUCUUGAGAUUCAAAGUGAAACUAUCAAUCGUGAUAAUCAUUCGUCUAACGAAUGUUAUAUAUCACCAAAUCGUAGAUUUAAUUUAACUCAUUCUUUGUCAUUUCAUUCCGUAACAACUGAAAACAUUUCGAAUAAAUUUUCUACAUCAGAUAAUUUAAAAUGUAGUCUUUGUGAAGAGUUUACAGAAUCUUAUGAUUCUAUCGAAAGAAUUUGUUCCAUUACGAAUAAAACUAAUUCAUCAUUAUCAUUUAUUCCAUCACAUGGUGAAUUAUUAUCAGUACAAAUGUCAACGCCAAGAAUAAUAUCGAAAUCGCCUAAAUUAUACGAGUAUUGUCUUUCGGACGAUGAUUUUGAAGUGUUCACUAUUUCUCCAAAUACAAAUUAAAAUAAUAUUGAAUUAAUAAAAUUGAAAAUACUUAUGAAUUUUUUUUAUAUUUUUUUUUUAUAAUUUUUCAUUU